AUGGCUGUAACAGCUAUCGUACUUGAUGCUCUAACAACGUUAUCACCACAACCACCAGUAAAACAAGCAAGCGGUCGUAUACGUGAAGAAAGAAAAUUUGGCGAAGAUAUAACAACCGGAUCGAUGUUGAGUGUAUUAAAAGAAAAACAAGAAGCUUUAAAAUCAAAAUCAACAAAUGUCAAGAAACCACGAGCACCACGAAAAGUUGUUUUACAUAGUAAAGAACAGCAAAGUGUCGUAAAAAAUGCGUUAAUACAAUCACAAAUAGAUAUUCAUAGUGGGAAUAUAGGCGCACAAACAGCGACGGCAUCACAAACUUUUCUUCCUCAUGUACUUCCUCAAUAUUUUGCUACAUUGUCCUGGUCUUCAAACAACAAUAGUACCAAUAAUUCACCAGCACGGCCAGUUUUAACACCGAAUCACAUUCAACCAGUUCAACAUCAUAUACUACUCCCAUCAUCACAAAAGUGA